GCGGCGGUGCGCGUGCGCGCUGGCUCACAGCUUCCCGGGAGGAGGAGCGAGCGGCCUCCAGGGAGGCAGCGGCUCCGCUCUCCGGGCCAGGGCGGCGGCAGCGGCGGUGCUGGGCGGGGCCGGGCUCGGUGCUAGCGGCGCGGCUGCAGGAACUGUGCGAGGCACUGCGGGGCUGCGAGGCGCUCGGGCCCGCGGAGAGGCCGUGCGCGCUGAGUCGACCUCCGCGGCCACCGCGCUGCUCGUCCUGGGUGACGUUGCGCCUUGGUCCCCAGCAUGACCGAGCUACGGCAGAGGACUGUCCGCGAGGAGGCACCGCCGGAGGACAAGGAAUUGGAGUCAGAAGCGAAAAUAGAUGGAGAGACUGCAUCAGACAGUGAGAGCCGAGCAGAAGCAGCUCCCCCACCAGCCCCCAUAGAUGACACCCCAGAGGUCCUUAACAGGGCCCUUUCCAACUUGUCUUCAAGAUGGAAGAACUGGUGGGUGAGAGGCAUCCUGACUCUGGCCAUGAUUGCAUUUUUCUUCAUUAUCAUUUACCUGGGACCAAUGGUUUUGAUGAUGAUUGUGAUGUGUGUUCAGAUUAAGUGUUUCCACGAGAUAAUCACCAUUGGCUACAAUGUAUACCACUCCUAUGACCUGCCCUGGUUCAGGACCCUCAGCUGGUACUUCCUUCUGUGUGUAAACUACUUCUUCUAUGGCGAGACAGUGACGGAUUACUUCUUCACUCUGGUCCAAAGAGAGGAGCCCUUGCGAAUUCUCAGUAAAUACCACCGGUUCAUUUCCUUUACCCUGUAUCUCACAGGGUUCUGCAUGUUUGUGCUGAGUCUAGUUAAGAAGCAUUACCGACUGCAGUUCUACAUGUUUGGCUGGACCCAUGUGACCUUGCUUAUUGUCGUAACCCAGUCACAUCUUGUUAUCCAUAACUUGUUUGAAGGAAUGAUAUGGUUCAUUGUUCCCAUUUCGUGUGUCAUCUGUAAUGAUAUUAUGGCCUAUAUGUUUGGCUUUUUCUUUGGUCGGACCCCGCUCAUUAAGCUCUCUCCGAAGAAGACCUGGGAAGGCUUCAUUGGGGGCUUCUUUGCCACUGUGGUGUUUGGCCUUCUGCUCUCCUAUGUGAUGUCUGGGUACAGAUGCUUCGUCUGUCCUGUGGAAUACAACAAUGACACCAACAGCUUCACGGUGGACUGUGAGCCGUCUGACCUCUUCCGCCUGCAGGAGUACAACAUCCCUGGAGUGCUCCAAUCGAUAGUUGGCUGGAAAACAGUGAGGAUGUACCCUUUCCAGAUCCACAGCAUCGCUCUCUCCACCUUUGCCUCUCUCAUCGGUCCCUUUGGAGGAUUCUUCGCAAGUGGAUUCAAACGAGCCUUUAAAAUCAAAGACUUUGCCAAUACCAUCCCUGGUCACGGAGGCAUCAUGGAUCGCUUUGACUGCCAGUACCUGAUGGCCACCUUUGUCAAUGUGUACAUUGCCAGCUUUAUCAGGGGCCCAAACCCGAGCAAACUGAUUCAGCAGUUUCUGACGUUGCGGCCGGAUCAGCAGCUCCACAUCUUCAACACACUCAAGACUCACCUGACUGACAAGGGGAUUCUGACCUCUGCCUUGGAAGACGAGUAGUGUCCACCCAGGGCCAGGAGAGCCGGAGCAGGACUGAAUGAGAGGGGCAGGUCACCACGGCCAGCCCAAAUGCUGUGACUUAGAUAAUGAAAAGCUAGAACUCACUGUCUUUUUUUCCCGCCCUUUUAAAUUUGUGAGUUUUGUUUUUUAAAAAUCUGUAUAUACAGUCUGUUUAUAGUGUGGGCUGUGAGUAAGUUAUAGCUUUGAGUUGCAAAGAAGUCACAGGGAAGAACCAUUUGGGUUUCUUAAGUACAGGUAUUGAACAACAUGAAAGACAGUGUUGCCCAGCUCAGGGUCUGCUGGUGGUUCUAACCCCCACCCAUCUAGUUUCUGGGCUGUCUGAGAGGUCAUCCAUUCAUCUGUGUCUAAUAGUAGAAAGACUCUCCUACCUGGCACAGCUUCAUGGCCUCAUUGCUUUUGCUUAACACCUUUCACUGGGGCUUCUGCAGGCAUCCCUUGUCUGGGAGCAGUGGAGGGCCGCCCUCUGUAGAACAGAGGUGGGAGGCUUACUGAUCAGAUAAGCUUCUUGUCCAAGCCAAAAUCCUGCAGAGGGCACAGGAGCUUUGCUCCUAGUUUGUGUUCACCAUACAGACUGAAAGAAGAUUUCAGGCUUCAUUUUUCUAGAAAGCGAGAAGAAUUGAUGAAGCCUGGAAAGAGAACCCCACACUGUAGUAUUUCAGGUAUAUGCAGUAGAAUGCACUGUCAAGCCUUCCCUGCCACGCAGGCUCCGAGGACUUCUGGAGGAGGUCCUCCAGACUGUUUCUUUCAGAGCUGAGGCCCUCACGUUUGUGCUAUGGGUUUGCUGCUCUGAGUUCGUCUGGGGACUCAUGAGGGGUGGGGAGCAGAGGGCUUUGGUUCACAUACCCCUUGCCUGGAAGCCCACUUGUGUUGCUGCUGUGUUGUGUACAUAGUACUCUUGAGGUGAACGUGUGUCUGUGUGUUUAUCUGGACUUCUUCACAGAAUCCCUGAGUCCUGCUUUUUUACUACGGCAAGGCUAAUCUUCUCAAGGCUCAUUGUACACUUCUUAUGAAAUGUGACCAGUGUAGAUGUAGUUUAUAUGUUACUGGGGACCUCUUGCUGUUGUUUGUGUAAGCUGUGAUUGUUCUUUUCCUUCCUAAGCAUAAGCUGAAAUUGAAAAGUCGAGAGGCUGGUUCUUUGUCAGGCCCAGGAGCAGGUGGCAGAGAAAGAACUUGUCCCAAGCAUGUCAACACCAUGGCCACGGUGUCCCCACUGCUGAGGAGGGCGCCAUGACUUGCUUUAAGCACAUUGGUCUGUGCCAGUUUGUUUUCAGAUUAGCCUUUCUAUCUCCUCCAAUAAACAGACAGCUCUCAGAGUGUCUGUCAUGCGCUACCAUGCGCCUCACAUGGGAAUAGGGGUGGAACGGCUUUUUGGCUCUGAGCUUCGACGUCCACGUCAGCCUUGUGGCUUUUCUUUCUCAGCUCCCAGGGCUGCAUUGAACCCCCUGAUGCCUUGGGUUUGGGUUGUGUGGCCUUGGCUGGGAAGCUUUGCUCUCAGGGUUCUGCUUUUCUGACUUACCCUGGAAGUUCACCAGUUCUGUAACUCUCCAGAGAAGUUCCUGUCACUAGAGGCCCCUGUUGCUAUUGAGUCAUGUCUUGGGCACCCAAAAAAGGAAAUACACUCAGGUGCAUUUUACAAAUGCUCUUAGGAUGAGUCAGUGUCUUCUUAAGAUUUUCAGUGGUAUUUAGGAAGGAGACUGUACUUUUCUGACUGAAAAAUGACCUUGGAUCACCAGACUAGAUAGAGAAGGCACUCCAGUCCCCAGCAGCCAAGACUCACUCUUGAGCAGCAGCAGUAGAGGCUUGAGGAAGUGGUUGCUGGUGCCGAAAACACUGAAAGUCGGUGCUCACUGGAGCUGCCAGCCAGAGGUCUGUAUUCUUUUCUGAGUUCCUGGGAAACAGGAGACUUUCCAGUCAAGUAGCCAGGAGAGCAGUGCCACCGUGUGUCUGUACAGCAUGUUGUUUGUCCCAUUAAGUAGGCAGGAUCCGAGAGACUACUUUUUAACACGCACCGUGCAGGUCUCAGUGGCUCACAUAACUUGCUUUACACUCAUUUUGUCAGAAAUAAAAUUUUUGUGCCUUCCCUUGUCAUGAAUUUAGUGUUUGUCACUUUCAUGCAUGGCUUUAUAUUUCCACUUUGUGUGAUUGUAAGUAUUGUGCAGUUUUAAUUUAGAGGGUUUUGUUUUUCUGUUUUUAUGCCAUCUGUUCCUAGCAGCCUUCUGAGGCCCCUCGAAUGAGAGCCAGGGGGUGAACCAGAAUACUGUAUCUCACAGUUUGUUCGCAGGAUGGGAAUGUCUAGUCCUUGGCGUCCCCACACCUGAAGUUCUUCAGUGUUCCUUCUCCUAGGUCCUGGGGGCCUGAGAAAGGCCUGAGCCAGUGCUUAGCUGACUAUUAGCUUAUAACCAGUGAUAGUGGGGUCGCAGAACCCAGGCUGACAGACAGAACAAGCCAUGGUGGCUCCCUGGUGAGUUUGUUCACGAAUGUUCCCAGGAAAUGGGGCCUGCCCUUUGUGUGUUAUUCCCACCCUCUUAACCACCUCAGUGUGAAAACAAAGUUCAUGUUUGUAUCAUACUUCUGAAAGUGAAGUCCUGUGAGGAAAUUGGAGAGUGUACACACACACACAUACACACACAUACACACACACACAGCCUGUUUCACAAUCUCAGCCUUUUAGUGUGUGCUUUAUAACCACAUUUAAAAUGUAUUUAUUCCUAAUGUACUGUAGUAAACAUGAACUGGUCUUCAGAGAUAUUAAAUCUAACAUGUAAUCUUAUAUAGGUGGACUGUGAAACUAUUUUUAUGAUAUUUCAGAAGACUCAACAAAGACCUUCUGGGCUAAUUGCUGGAUUGGCAAGAGCCAGAUUUGAAUGUGUCCCUGAGUUUACCGAGUCCAUGGCAAGCUGAGGUCAGUCCCUGUUAAGGAGCUGGGUGGAGAAGUGAUGUAAGGACUUAGGACAGGGUAUCUCACACACAAGACUGUAUGGCAGUCACUUUUCUUGUGAAGUCAGCCUGAGGUAGAUCUCCAGGGGAGACUUUUCCUCACUCCCAAAGUGGACUAACAUAGCUAAAGCUUCUUGUUAGGAACAUCUGAGGCCAUGUUGUCCUUGUCUCUCAGAGUAUUUCGUGUCUGUGCCCACUGUUCCUGCUCACUGGCUCAUGUGGGAAGAGGUGGUUUUUCUUGCCCAGGUCAGGAUGAGGAGGGAGACCUGAGUGAGGGUGGCAGGGUAGCUCUGACACAAGGUAGUCAGCUAUGGGUGGACUCUCUCUGGAGCACAGAGUACAGAGGGUGCCCAGAAGGAACUGUCAGCUUCCGAAGAGGGGAGGCCAAUUCUUGGGCAGCGCUUCAGACUCUCCCUUGUCUUGGGCAAAUGAAACUUCGUUUCCCUGUUAACACACUAGUCAGCUGCUCAGCAUCCUGUUUGUAAAGAGAUUAUUAGCAUCCACUUCCUGAUUCAGUUUCCCUGGUUGAGGGGGGCCUUAUGGAGGGUGCUGGGGUUUGGAUCAAGUGGUAGAGGAGGGUCCUUAUUUCAGGGCUUUGCUAGGUCCAUCUGCAGCAUCCUAGAUAGGUCCUCACUCACGCUAUUCCAGGGUGAGUCCAUUCCUAGCUGUUGACAGGUUCUGUUAGAAUGUGGCUCACCUUCUGCCUCCUCUAGCCUUCCUCUCUUCAAGUUGACUGGCAGGGACCCUACAUGGGCCCUGGGUGGAGACUGUUACCGUUGGGUUGCUGCUUCACUGGGCAGGCCACACUGUUGUUUUCAAAGGUCAAAAGACCGCGAUGUUGGGGGUAGUUUAGAGGUGUGCUUUAUAUGCUGAAGUGUUGGGGUUUUAGGACAUGGGAUGGUUUUGAGAAUAGAAGGGCAGAAUAUGCAACAACUAGAGUUUGAUGACUAGUGGUCUUCAAAUCCAUUGGCUGUCUGAAGACUCUGUCCACACCCUUCCUCUUCGUCAGCGCCUAUCUGCCCGGCUCUUUAUCUUAUUCUCCAGCUGGCGAAGUGCAGCAGUGUGUUAUUAACAAUUGCAAACGUAUAGUGCUUAAUAUGCGCCAGGCACAGUGCUAAGGGUUUGCAUGCGUUAUCUCCUUUACUCCAAAGGACGCUCUGGCUAGGUGUUCUCCCAUCUUAAGGAUGGGAAAACUGAAGCUCUGGGUUAGAAAUGAGAACAAUGUGAAGAAGACGGACCUGAGGCUCAGACAGCCUCCAUCUGGCCAGGUUCCAGGCUGCUGGCAGUCUUCACUUCCAAGCAGCUGGCUUGAGGAUGCUUGUGAGGAUUUCCUGAGCUAAUGCAUGUGGUUAGCAAGGUGCCUGGCACAUAGUCAGCACUCAAUAAACAGUAGUUGCUUUUUUUAUUCUGUUUAAACUGAGCUCAAUGAGUGGUUCGGCCCACACUGAUGGGCUGAUGGGUAUUCAGCUCCCAUGUUCCCACUGCCUGCACACAGUUUGCUGUUUGUGUCCUAUAAAGUGACCACACUGUCCUUCCAAGAGGAGCACUUCAGCUGUCCAGUGGGAAGAGCCCUAUGCAGCAGCUUGCUGUUUCCCAUGGUAUCGAAGCCACCUUGGCUGAGGGACAAUGUGAGGCUGCUUCCUCUUUUCCUGUGGCUGAGAUUGCUCACAGGAAGACUAUUUGCUCUGACCUGGGGGUGCCUCACCCUAGGCAGCAAGGGCCUGUCUUGCUCUGAACCCCACUUUCUCUAACCAAGGCCUGCACUCUUGUACAGUGCAGGAAUCCAUGGUUCUCUCUACAGGUGUGUAUUUCAGGAAUAGACAGGAUAGAGAAAACAAUCCUGCUGCUGAGUACACCAGCCUGAAGCCUAAAAGCCCUGCCUGUGCUCUUGACACCACAAGCGUUCCACCCUGCAUUUCUUUCUUAAAAGAACAGAUUACAGCAGGUGACCAUUGAGGCCAGGUGAUGUGUUUCUGUCUGUUCUAGAUUAACAAAGGAUCCCAUACACAUAAUUAUUAAUCAUGAAUGGAGAAAUGUUUAAUCAGUUUUCUGAAUGGACAUGGGGAAUUGGGGAAGGAGAGAGAGACAGAGAGAGUGUGUAUGUGGGUGUGUGUCUUGGACAAGCCUUCCCUUUGAUUGAAUGGCAUUGGCUAACAUGACCCCGGAGCUUCUCAGACCACGUGAGUAGGAACUUUGGUUCUGACUGUGGAGUAUCCCAGGGUGUUGAUGGGACCUGCAGGCCUGUUGCUAGAAUCCAGAGACUGGAGUUCCUCUUGCUCUUCUGGACUUGUGUUUGCCGGCCCUGACCCCUCCUCCUUCACUGUGCCAUCUGAUGAACCAGGCAGUCCUUUAUCUGGAGAGAGAAGUCCAGUGCUGACAGAGGUCCCGGGGCACUGCUUUCCUAGACCAUGGCCAUGCCCAGUUCUAGCUCUUGAAGGACUUUGAACGAGUACAGCAUCAGAAGGACUUGCCACAUGGCCAUCUGCCCCAAGGGAAAUUUUUAGGUGUUAACCUUCUUAGCCACCUCUGCCCCCUUACUAGAAUUCCUUUCUCACCCGUUAGGUUUGUGUGUUGGUUUUUCUGGCUUUUCUCAAAGGAACACUGAUGUAGAGAAGGGGUAAGAGUGUUUUGCAGUGAGCUGAAUGUGCAUACGUGUUUGAGUUCUUUGUAUGAGGUUUUUCUCAUUUCUUGGUUUCUGUCUUGGGACAACACUGAGCAGGUGUCAAAGGCUGAAUAACAAAGCGGUAACAGAGUGGAGGCAGGGGAACCAUUAAGACCCUGGGAGGCAGCAACUCUUUGUCCAGUUUAGGGACUCCGGAGAAGUCACAGGUGCAGCAGCAGGACCGAGAGCAGGGGACGGGGUGGGAGUCACACAACCAAAGGUAGACUCAGGUCAGUUCAGUGCUCCUUGGUGGCUGUAGAUGUCAGAAAUCACCUCAGAAAAUCUAUCCUGGGAUUCUUAGGCUCAUUGGCCCCUUCUAGAGUCUGAGCUGAAGUUAACACUUUUCCUAACAGCAGUGGGGAUCACAGUGGCAGACGGCACAGAGCACCCUAGUUUCCUAGCCUUUUUCAUUAUGUGGCGGGACCUGCUGAAUCCAGUUUUCCUACACUGCCUGGCCGCUUUCCUGUCCUCAGACGGGGGCCUAGGACACAGCACUUGGCUGUGUGGCAUCCAUGUGACAAUCCUUAGUUCUCUUAGAUAGAUACGUGCGUGUGUGUGUAUGUUCCUGUUGGGUAACUUCUCUAAGCCAGGCUUUACUAAAUCAGUGUUCUCACCAUGCCCUGCCCUUCUCUCUGCACUUAGGAUUGUAUAGAACACAUGUAGAUUCUUCUCAGUGCAGUGUAAGAAUGUGAUAUAUUGUAUAUUGGAAAGUAUUUACCUUAUUUAUAUACCUGAAUGUUCCUAUUAAACAAAUAAACAUAUCUUAAAUUCUA